GGACAGUCAGGCACAUGUUUCCCUGCCUCUCAUGUUUCCUCUCACUGUGUUCAAACCUCCGAGAGGGAAAAGAGACGAUCCCAGCACUCUGCGCUCCUCUCCGUCUCCGCACAUUGCCAGUGGGCUGAUCACUGUCUGCUGCUCCGCACCAACUCCUGGAAAAUAUUCUGCGGAGCCACGUAAACGCCGCUUGUUUCAUUAUAUAAGCAGGGAGAGAGAAAACUGCAGCAGAGUACCCAGUGCUGGUCCGAGAGAUGUCCUGCGUGCAGAAUAUGAGCACCUCAUCUCCCCAUCGAGUCCUGUAACCAAUGGCAACCUCAGUCCAGACUCUUCCUCUGACCCGUGGCCCCAACAAAAACUUCCGUAACCCGUUGCCCCUCUCGUCCCGUUGCGGCAUGGGAAGUGUAGGUAGUCUGGUGGAGAGGCCAGAUGUGUCACCGACUAAAGGCAGCCGUGCAGUGCCCCAGGUGAGACCCAAACAGACCAACGGCCUCCUGAAGAAAGGCUUCACCCAAAGAGAGCUACUCAACUACCUCAACAUCACCAGAAAAGAGCCUAAAGCAAGUGCAAGCAGUGAGGGUAAGAAGGACGUUAUCCCUUGCCUCAGCCCUGCCAGUGGCCGUGAGGAGGACAACUUAUACGCCAAGGUCUACCAUAAAGACGGCACCGAAGUAGAUUUGACAAAGAACUCACUGCCAAGUGGGGGCAAGUAUGAAAAGGCUCGUUUAAGGUCUGCCUUCAAGCCUGUCACCCCCAAAAAUUUCAGCUCCAUGCAAAACCUCUAUCCAUCAUCCAAGUCGGAGGACGUGGACCAUGGCCUCUCUAACGGGCUCCACAGAGCCUACGCCCAUAUCCCUAAAGCUGUCUCCACGUCGUCUUCGUCUUCAUCGCCCUCACGUCAUGGAGGACCAACAGCCAGUGGAAACAAGACCCUCUCUUCGGUGCGUGGGAUGAGCCAGGAGGAUGAUAACCUGUCAGACUCAGGCCAUAACUCCAUGAGCAGCCUGCCGCCAUACCGGCCUCCCUUCCGCCCACACCUGUCUCACAUCAGUGCAUCUAUGGGCCACAUCAACACCAUUGGCUCCCUAGAACGCACCUCUCUGGGCCAGAAGGCUGCAGGGCCAGGCGGUGUUGCCAUUGGGGAAAUGGCGUGUCGGAGCAUGGCAACUCUGAGCCGUUUGGCUCCAUAUGGAGGGGAGGCUCCACCUCCUUAUGAAUGGACACUCUCCCUGUCUGUUGAGGAAGUGGUCCGGGAUCUCGAGGAGCGACUGGUGGAGAAAGAGCACGAGCUGAAACAGAUGAGGAGAAACCUGGAUGAAAGUGAGGGCGCCAUCGCUCAGGUGUUUGAAGGGAAGCAGCGUCUGUGGGAGAAGGAGGUGGAGGAGCUGAAACGUCUGUAUGCUGCCAAGCUGCGUCAGGUUUCCCAACAUGCACAGCGUUCCCAGCGCAGCCUGCAGUUGCAGCUGUUCAAGGCCCAGCAGGAGAAGAACAGACUGCAAGAGGAGCUCGACAACCUGAAUAAGGAAAGGAGCCAAGAGGCUGGAGCCAUAACAAAGCGAACCAGUCAGACUCUGGAGGAGACACAAUGGGAGGUUUGCCAGAAGUCAGGAGAGAUCUCCCUGUUGAAGCAGCAGCUGAGGGACUCCCAGGCGGAGGUGACCCAGAAGCUGAGUGAGAUCUUCCAGCUGAAGACGCAGCUCAGGGAGACCCGCACAGAUCUGCGCAACAGGGAGGGCCAGAUAGACGCACUGAAGCUAGUCCUGCAGGGGACACAGCGUCGCAGAUGCCCCUCUCAGACUGCACAUGAGGAUGGAAAAGGAGGUGAAGAGAGUCCUUCAGCUGGGGCAACAGGAGGAUGCGGGGGCCCUACGGAGGAGCGUCUGCGCGCAGAGCUCCUGCUGGAGCGACGCCAGAGCGAGGCCCAGGCAAUGGCUUUCGAGGAGGAGAGGAAGACAUGGCAGACAGAAAAGGACAAGGUCAUCCGCUACCAGAAGGAGCUGCAGGCCAGCUACUUAGAGAUGUACCACCGCAAUGAGGCGCUGGAGAGGGAACUGUACCUGCUGCGGCUAAACAGAGAGCGAGGAGGAGCAGGAGCAGGAGCAGGAGCAGGAGGAGGAGGAGGAGGAGGAGGGGGAGGAGGGAGCAGAGAUGGGACAUUGGAAAGAGAAGUGCCAGAGCUGAGGAGUGAGAGAGGGGGUGAAAAACAAGAGGACAGACCUUCCUCUGGUUUGCCAUGGAUAGAGAGAAUUGAAUCAUCUGAAAUUUGAAUGUGACGGACUGACUGGUAUUUGCAAUGCAAACUGUUUUCUCCCUGAAGUGUGCUUGCUAUGGAGGCCCAUGUCCGCCAGAAGAAGGGGAAAAAUAGACUUAACAAGUCAAAGGUAUGAGAUAAGGAAGAAUUUUUAACUCACUAAGGCAAAAUUUUAGACAUUUUCAGUACUUACCAGGUUAUUAAUUAUGAGGAAGCUAUCUACAUUUUUAAUUCACUUUGUCAAAAUGCUUUAUUUAACACAUUUUAAAUGAUGUGAUCCUCAAAUCUUUUGAUCUGCCGUGUAAAUAUGAUCAGAUACUAAGUCAGCAUGUUGACUCACUAAAGCUCACACUAUCCGUAAGACCAUUUUUCAGCUUUUACAAAGAGAUUUCUCACAUUUUUCCACAUCUCUCAGCAAAAAGCUUCUUCUUUCCCCAGUGUGGUGGCUGUGGUAAAGCCAUUUGAUGCUCCUGUUAGGAUUGUAAACUUCUGGUUGGUCAGUUGAUUGGUUGGUCCAUAUGCUCUUUUCCAACCAAAUUCUCAUUGGUCGGUCAAUCGCUGGUAUUUUUGGCCCACCCUUUCUCUCGGCAUUAUUAUCAUUUCAUUCGGCUACCAGUGCGUUUGCUACAUUCCACAAGCUCAUUUAGCUCUCUCAAUCUAAUCUUUGUUAAAUGCCACAAUCAUAUAAACACAGGCAAAUUAGCCAUCACUAACAUACCCUUAAGUCUUUCAGCCCGAAUUGGCUACCCAGCAGUUACUGCUUUGCUGUGGGUGUGUGCUUUGUGCUAACGUUAGCUGCUAUUAGCUGCUGAACAAGAGGCUCUCUCACUCUUUGGUUCAGAGGGUGUGUGCUGUGCCACCAUAGACUGCGUGCUACUGGGUUAGCUGCUAACAAGAGUCUGUCGCUGCAGCCAAGCCUUUGUUCUUUGACUCAGGGGGUGUGUGUGUGCUUUGUGCUACUGGGUUAGCUGCUAAUGAGAGUUCUUCACUUCGCAGCAACUCCCUCUUCGUUUCAGUUUCUUCAGAAGACACGCCCCCAGCAUCUUGGAGCAGAGAAUCAAAUUUGGCUGAGUGGUUAAUAACACACUUUUCUAUUGUGUGGUAAACUCAUAACACAUUUAUUUUUGCUUUACCUUGACUUUACGUCAACACUGGGAUAGUACUACCUCAAAAGUCUGACAUAUUAUCUCAUAUUUUUGACUUUGAAGAGUAUAUUGAUUUUUUACCAUGCAUAAUUUUCAUCUGUUUUCCUUCUCCUGGCCUCUCAUGGGCUUCCAUAGUUUCUUGUCUGUUUGCCAUUCUCUGCCCAUGCACCCUUGUUGAUUGUUUAAUGCCCUGAUCCUGCAAAGACUGGACCAAUAAUCUCCUACAGAACACACUAAUACUGAGGGUAGCUGCACAGAGACACUGUCUGUGUCUCGUCUGUCCUUUGGCAGAAGAGUGGUGACAACUCAGUAAAAAUACAGCCAAACACCUGAACUGUCCUGCUUAAGACUUCUAUCCAAUUAUAAACCUGUAAAUGAGCAAAUUAAUAUCCUGAUUGUUUAUAUUUUAUGUUCAUUUGAUAGAUAAUUUCUGGUUUGGACUGCUGUAUAGUCUUAGUCUUAUAGACAGUAACCAAAGGACUCAAAGGGAUUUGGUGUGGCCCAGGAACAUCUCAGCACCUGUUCAGUCUGUGCAGAAGGGUCUGUGAAUUCAGGGUUCACUUGGGUCUGUGAGGAAAGCUGCAUCUCUGGGUUAAGUAUUUGGGAUUAAACCAAUCUGGUGCCAAGGUACUAAUGCUAUGUCUUUGCCAUGGAGAAAACUGUGUACCAUACUUAAGAAACUGGAAAUGUUGGACCUUUAUCUCAUUGAGUGUCCAGCUCCUGUCAGAUGAGAUCUAUAAAUUUUGUACAUAAUGUAAUUUUGAUUUGAUCGGCCUUUGUCAUUGUAUUUCAAGCACACUGUUGUCUUAAAUGGGCAUAUUGCCACAUGUUUUGAUUGCAGUGAAAGCAAUCGACACAUUCGGAUGUUAAACAUGACUGCCCUGCUUACCGGUGCGAUUUGUUGCGCAUACCCAGCCAAUGCCAUUAUAAAAUGCAUGACAUAGGUGAAGUUGCUCUCUUGUAUUGUUUAUUAUGAAUAUAUGAACAUCCAAAAGCCAGCUCUCAACCAACCCUUCAACAUACUGUGACUCUUGUCUAUUUACUGGAAUUAAACCUGUACAAUAUAAAUAUAUAUGUUUGGAUUCAUAAUAAACAUUUAUGAAGUGGUGAAAGAGCUUUGUA